CCCCGUGGCAGCCCCAGGAGACAAUCUUGAGUCUCCACCAUGCUCCCCAGCGAGACUGUCACUCAGCCCGACAGGAAGUGUGACCUCAUCCUGCCGCUCAGCCCCUGGUUUCGCAGGCUGCUUUUGAACGAAAACAAGAACGGUUUGAAGGCAGACUUUCCCAAGAACUACAUGCUCUUCUGUUCUGGGAAACAGCCAAAGGAACCAGAGGCGGCUGAGGACGAAAUCCUGCAAAUGCCUGCACCUGCACCGUGCGGGCAUCGCCGAAAAGGAGGGGAAGGUGGGGUUUCCCCUCAUCAGGCGACCUCUGCACCUGUUGACAGCCCGGCAUUCGUCCGUUGCAGCUGAAGAGCGGCUACGUCCUGGAUUUCUCCGCUGACCGUCUUGCUCGGGAGGCUUCGUCUUUCAGAAAUCUGUAAAGUUUGAACAAGCAGCCUGCCCAAGAUGUACCGAAUAUCUCGACUGAUGUCAACACCGGUGGCAAGUCAAUGUUCCUCCGGGUCCAAGAGAGAAUCUGCUGGAGAGCUGUCUCCCACGUGCGUUUUCCCAAGCUUUGCCUGUGAUUUCCUGGCUGGUGACGGUUCCUUUGACUGCUGCUCCCUAGAUCCCCUGACAGGCUCCUACCUUCCCUGUCGCCGGAGUCCCAGGCUCCUCACCAACGGCUACUACAUUUGGACAGAGGACAGUUUCCUCUGUGACGGAGAUGGCAACAUCACACUGAGCCCAUCCCAGACCAGUGUGAUGUACAGGGAGAACUCAGUUAGAAUAUUUAGGAAGAAAAAGAGGAUCCGCCGCUCUUUCCCUUCUCUCCUCCGCCUCGGGGCCCCUAGAUCCUGGCUGCGGGGAAGCAUCUUCGCUGAUGCUGACUCGUCCCCGGGCGAGGCCAGCUGGCUGGAGGGAGCCAGCAGCCCGGAAGCGCAGCCUUGCAGCGACAGAGGCGGUGAUUUUGACUGUGUGCUGACUGAUGACUGGGCGUCGGAGCGGCUGGAGGCAGAGUCCGUGGCAGCCUCCUCCCCGGGCCACGUCACGCCUGAGACUCCCGGAGGAGACUCCCUCCGCGGGGCCCUGCAGCCCCGGGGGACGGCUGCUGAGCAUCUCCAAGGGGAUAUUUUGGAUCAUUCAAAAACCAGUUUGUUGGAAGAGAUCUCCUUUCAGACAGUUCUGCUUGCUGCAUGCUUGGCCAUGUCUGCAUGUGCAAGGUGGCUGCUGGGAGGACUGGUAGCCGGUGUCUUCACGUGCUCCUUGACCAUCACGAUUGCCUAUGUUGUCAAGUCCCUGCUGCUCAGCCUUGCCAGCUACUUCAACGCCGGCCCCUGCGCUCGGCGUCAUCCACACACGCUCUUGCCUUUAAGACCUAUGAAAACAAGGACUUCUGACUUCACUUUUGUAUCCAUCUCAAUGCCUUGAAAAUGGUUUGCCAAAAUUUGACAGCCAUUCAGGAGUGCCUGUGAUGAAUGUCUUCAAUCUGAAUCUCCGGAAAUUGUCCCAUUUCCAGUCUGCUGGGAAUCAACUGCUUUACUGGAAGGGAGUGAGCGACUGGAUACUCGAGAAAAGCCAUUUUCAUUGGGUUAUGUGUGUGUGUUUUUUUAAAAAAAAAUCCCCAGUUUUGCCCUCGAAAAACUGUACUAUGUUUGUGAAAACAAUAUUAAUUCAUCUUUCUGUUGCAAAUACUGGCAGUGGAAAAGGGAAGCACUGGGAAAUGUGAUAGAGGCCAUGCCACCCGGGUAAACAUUGUCCUGUUAUUCCCUGAGGCCAUGGUGCUCACACGUUAAUUAUCACCAGGGGAUUCUAUGGGGAGCUUGUAACAAUGCUCAUUCCUGGGCCUGCCCGCACGGGCCCACCCUCUGCUCAGCUGCUUUAGCCGAAUAAUGAAAGCGAGUUUAUAGAACCAACACCAACAUGAACGUAAUUAAAUGCAGCUUAUACCGUGUAGAAAACAUCAGUAUUUUUGCUAAAGGAGUGGCUCAGUAUUGGGUGGUGACCGUAGAUGACGGUUGAUGGAAAAGGGGCGGGACAGAGCCAUUUUUUUUGGAAGGUACAUUCUUCUUUUUAAUUUUUGUUUUAAAUUGAAUUUAUUGGGGUGACAUUGGUUGAUG